CUCACAGUUUCAGCCAUGCACGCCGACAACACCGCAUCCACCGUCGGCAGCCCUGGAUUUCAUUAUGCGCUCGGGGUGCUGCCUUACUGCUCUAAAGCUCCCUCCUCCUCCCGCCCCGCCACCGCCGUGUGUCCCUUCAGGGGGACACCGACCUCCACCGGCCGCUCCCCCACCCCACACCGUAGGCAGGUGAGCGGGAGCCGUCCCGGCCCCGGGGCCGGCCGGGCCGCCGCUCCGCCCACGGGGGCGAGCCGCGGGGCUGGCUGCCACCUGCCGCCGCCGCACAGCGCCCGGCCGCUCCCCGCCAGCCUCUUCCCUCCUGCCCUCCUUCCCUCCCUCUUUCCUUCCCUCCCGCGUCGUGUCGAGGGAGGAGCAGCCGCGCUUCCCCGUGGGAGAAGGAGAGCGCUCCCGCCGCGGGCGGGCGAGCGCCCGCAGGAGCCCGAGAUGGCGGACAGCGCCGCGGCCACCGCCGCCCCCGCCGCUGGCGUCAAGGGCAGCGCUGCGGCGACCUGGUGGAAGUCGCUGACCAGCAAGAAGAAGCACAAGGAAGCGGCGGCCCCUCCGCCGCCCCCCGCCGCUGCCAACGAGGUCCCCGCCGCCCCCCACAGCUCCGGCGGCCGGGAGGAGCAGCCGCCCCACUCGGACAGCGGCGAGGCCGCUGGCGGCGGCAACCGCCGGAGCCUCCGCAUCUCCCACUCGGGCCGCUUCAAGGAGAGGCGGAAGGUGCGGACCUCGCUGCUGGCCGACGGCCCCGAGGUCUUCGACGGCGGCGGUGCCCCGGCCCGCUCCGCCGCUGGGGGCGAGUAGCCCAGGAGGACUUCGCCCCAGGAGCCGCCGCUGGAGGGGUGGCCGGAGCCUGCGGCAGCCCCACAGCUGGAGUUGGCCUCGCUUGGCGCCGUGGGCAACACGGAGGUGCAUGACAGCAGCCUCCCCAGCCCUGACCAGACACUGUGGGGAGCCCAGCACCUCUGCCAGACGAGGGAAUCGCGUGCUGUGUUAGAUGAACACCGCCAAGACCAAACCCCCAGAUGAUGGGACGAUGUGAUUGUCUUAACGAAAUGACACCAAUAAACACCCCACUCCCUGUGCUGUGGUGAGCGGACUCAGAGGUGCUAUCUCAGGGCCCAGGCUGGGGUCUCUGUAGCUUUCCCAGGAGCCAAUGUGCUGACUGCUCAGGCCCGUGACCCAGCUCCCCUCGGCUCUCCAGCUGAGGGGGUGUUUUGCUGCUCUCAUCUCACUCGCUGCCUUAUCGAAGGAAGGGGGGAACAAAGUGCUCUUAUCUUGUUUGAGGGCUGGGGACCUCUGGCAGUGCUGAAGCUCCCGAGCUGUAGUGCUUCUGCCCUGCAUUUGGCAUGCACGCCGUGAACCCAUCCUCCUUCCCCUUCAGGGGUCAAAAGAGAGGUAUUGUGAGGGGCAGGUGCCUGCAUUCGCCUGUGCCCCACAUCACUUUGUAUUUACGGUGCAAAAGGCAGGACUGUGCUGGUUUUCUCCCUCUUCUCACUGUGUACUGAUCAGCAGGUGUUUCAGAGGCUGGUCUACCCUAGGUCUUUUACAGAGGGUGACUGGUUGUUGUCUGGCAAUUCACGCUGUUUACCCAGGGAACACAUGAUUUUUGCAUAAUUGGCGAUAAUUGGCAUAGUGAAGCUCCGAUGAAAAAAUGGUGUGAUAAAAUGUAAAUACUCUUUUGGGAGCACCGACAGGGUUGUGCUCCUAAUGUGGAAAUAGGUUUGGGCACCACUGGAAAUGUUCUUCUCUGUUUACUGUGUCCAAAGCUUGUGAAGCAAGAUUAAAGAUUCUCAGUAUUUCUUUUGACAGCAAGAUACUGUGUUUUAACUCGGGCAGCUGUCUGCUCCCUCUAACAGCUGGAUUUUUGGACAUAGUAAACCGUAAGCCAGAUUUGUACUGGUGUUGUGCCUUACAGGGCAAACUUUGCUAAAAACACUCAGCAAUUAUAUAUUUCUUGAUAGUAGGUGAUGUAGCAACAGCUGAUUUAUUUAUUUUAAAUGCAUUCACAGUACACUUUAUAUUGUUAAAAUGGUUUUAGACUUUUUCUGAACAUGAGAUAUUACAGUGACACGGACUGAAAAUUAUUUCCUAGCGGUCAAGUUAUGAUUUUGUUUGGUUGUAACUAAUGAUUUAAGGUCAAUUAAAAUUAAAAAGUCACCUGAAAGGAAAUAAGAGCUGAGUUCCAGGUGAAAAUAUGGAUUAAACCAGUCACUGAUGAUCACUAAAAUGAAGCAGUAGAUGCUGGGCAAGUGCCCCAUGAUUCAGUGUGUAUAAUAACAUAUAAUGAACUUUGAAAGCUCCUGAGCGAUAAACCUGGACAACCUAGCUGGCUUCGGUGCUUACCAGUCCUUCACUCAGCUGCUCCUUCAGACUCUGAAACCCAAGGACAAAGAACUGUAGCAUCAAAUCUAUUUCCAUAAAACCUUUAUUCCACCCAAUAUGCAGAUGUGGUUUUUUUAAUUUCAUUUAGUAAAAUGACAAGGUACUGGUUUUGAAUGGCCUUUUUAUGUUCAUGACUACAUGCUGACCGAGCAAAGAGCUGGGGGGCUAUGGGGGCACCUCUUAAAAGUUUCUCCUUGGAGAUACUUUUCUUUUGUGGAACCUCUUCAGUCAAAGGGCAUCUGGAAUCCUUCUGUUGAGAAGAAGCAAUUGAAGCAAACCCAGCCUCAGAUAAAGGGGUGUGAGCGAGAAUUAGGAAAGUUUAAAAGCUGGGAAUGGAGAGAUAUAUGAAGAAGAACCACAUUUCAGCUACAGUUAGCCUGGGGUGGGGGGAAGGGAGGCAGAAUAGAUUGGCUCUGCUGCCAGGGUUGUUAUACUACCUUUCAAAGGCAAUAUGUUUUUAUUUAUCACAGGCAAAAAAAAAAAAAAAAAAAAAAAAAAAAAAAAAAAAAAAAAUCUGACUGUAUUUAUGUAUUCUAGGGCCCAAAGAACCUCUUUUGUACGUGUGUGCCCAAAACGGAAGAAGAAGUAAACAGAUAUUGCACUGGUGUGUUUCUCACUCCUGCGUCUGGUUUGGUGUGAGCCCUGUGAGGGUCACGUCCUCUGAACUACCCAGAAGCCCAAGUAUGCAGAUGCUUUUCUGCAGUUCUAAUCCUUACACUGUUGUGCAAAUACAGUUUCCUCUCUUCUGUACUCCAACCUACCUCUUUCUACAGUGAACUUCUUUCUGCUCUUUGGAAAUGUCUCAGGCUUAUUAGCUACAAGUUUUUACCUAGACACAAGAUAUCUACCAAUUUGGAUUUUACCAGAGAAGUCUGGUAUGCUGUUCAGAUGCUGCUGUUAAGAUUCAAUAUCAAUACUGGUUAAUAUGUGACUAAAUAUUAGCCAUGUCUUAAUCCUUGUAUAUGGUACUUUCAGCUUGGAAAUUUGGUCAGAAUACAAAGUCAAUAAAUGCACAUAAAAUGA